UACUGUAAAUGCAGGUACUUUACAGUCCUCGACGGAAGGAAGGAUUUGGACUAAGCGAUGGGGAGGUGGUGGAACGACUGUGGUCAUAUCUGCGAAAGUUCAAACCCAUCAGCAAGGAGAUGACGCCAAGUCACCGGAGUGACCUACUGACAGAUGCACUGCUCCACUAUAGCAGGAGGAAGGCUGAAGAUAUGCAUGUCAGUUUAGCAAUGUCUUAUGACAAGGCAGUUACGACUUAUCAGCUGGCCAAGGAUGACCUGGCAAAGAUUUUGAACCAGGUACCAGUUGCAGUGUCUGAAGAGGAUGUGGAGAUGUGGAGGCGGAGUGAGCUUGACCUCAUUUCACAGAGCAGCCGAAGCAGGCAGAGUUCGUCUGUGACUCCAUGGAAAAAGACGUACACACUGGAACUGUCUGCCUUCUACUCUGUAAGGGAUGAGAUGCAGUCAUGUACUGAUGGAAUCCUUCGGUCAGCAUUGGUGAAACAGUAUAAAGAACUAGAACAAAAGCUGGAGUGUACAGAAAGAAAACACAAAGUCCAUCGAUGGGAAGAACACCACGAUGAGUACAAGUCUACCCUUCGCCUCAUUGACCAGGAGGAGAGAAAGUCUCUGGUGGACAAACUCUGGCGAGAAGCAGCAGAGAGGACGUUCCUUCUCUCACUGAAGAAGAAGUACCCAGAUGGCCAGGCCAUAGCCACGAAAUUGGGUCGACAACUGAAGACGGUCAACAACAAGCUGAAGAAGACGAUCUCCAAGUACAACAGUAUUGGCCGAUCCCCACAAGAUUCAGUCUUCCCAGAAGCAAUCAACUUUGUGGAUGCCUGCCAGCCUACCUGGCAAUGCUACACACAGCUGGAUUUGUUGGAGGCGGGUGCUGUCCCAAGAUCUGUAAAGAGGCAGGCAAUUGAGGCACUGUGCCUAAAGAAAAGUGCUGAGAAAGAACUCUGGAUGACCUGCCAGGAUAUGCGGCGACUCCUAGGAACUGGAAAGAGAGAGCUAGGAGUGAUUGAUGAAGCAUUGGAAGCACAUAGAGCUACUGAUAAUGUGGGGGCAGUGGCAAUGCUGUUACGAAAGCGAGAUACAAUAGAAAGCCGUCUGGACUAUGCCCACAAGUUACUGGAGACUAAAAAUCCAGACCUUCCAGAGCUCCAUUGUGUACCUGCAAGGGGCAAUGCUGAGUCAGACAUGUCUACUGAGUAUGAAUACCUCAUAGACAGUGAAUCAGAUGGAGAGGAUGAUGAUGGUCAGGUGUAAUGAUAAUAAUGAUAACAGAAACAAUACUGAAAAUGCAACAGUUCAGCUACUAAGAGAUGAUAGUAUGUAUAGUUACUUUACACUUUAGUAUGCAAUGAGUAUUCAUCAUAAUUGUUUCUGUGUACACACUGUUUAUAUAUAUACAUGUGUAUACUAACUAGUAUUUAUGAUAGGUGUUACUCCAUGGAGUUUCUGGGUAUUUCUCAUGUCUGAUUGCCAGUCUGUUUACAGACUGUUUUAUGUAUCUAUAAGUAUUACUCCAAGGAGUAGUACACACUGUUUAUUUCUCAUUUGUUUUUCCAGUCUGUUUAAAGACUGUCUAAGUAACCCAUAUGCUCUUUUAGGCUUUCAUGGACAACACAACAUAGGA